AUACAAAAAUUGAAAACAAAACCCUAACUUUACUUUUUCACAUUCUUCUUUCAUCUUCUUCCUUCCAACUCCGGGGCACCCCAAUAUUUGAAGUGCUGUUUUUUGCGAACAAUCGAAGGAGAGACGACCGAAGAAUUGGGUUGCCGGACUUUCACAACAGCGAGGCAAAGCUCAAUACUUUCAGAAUGAGCAACAAGCAGGGCCCUCCCAAGCACCAAAACAGAUACGCUUGGAAACCCAACGCCGGCCGCAAGAUCAACGAAACGGAGGUUGGAGGUAGGUUCCGCCCCUUAUCUGACAUCACCGGAGUUUGUCUCCGUUGCAAGGACCAAAUUGAUUGGAAACGCCGUUACGGAAAGUACAAACCUCUUUCUGAACCUGCUAAAUGUCAAUUGUGUUCAAAGCGGAAUGUUCGUCAAGCGUAUCACAAUCUCUGUCCCGGUUGUGCCAAGGAGCAAGGUGUAUGUGCAAAAUGUCGUUGUCGUGUAGAUCAAACUGUUGGAAGGGACUUGUCUGAAGUGGAGGCUGAGCAAAAGAUGCUUCAAGAGGCCAUAAAGAAUGCUCGAGAAAGGGAUCGUAGAACUCUGUUACGAGCUAUGGAGAAAGGAAAAGCUAAGAGUUCAAAUAAAAACAAAUCAGCAGUUACAGAAGAAACUAAGGUUGGAGAUUCAAUUCAUUCACCAACUGAAGAUCAAGCUGAAAUAGGUCGAAAUGAGGAUGAUAAUGAAAUUACAGACGACACGGAUGACGAUAACUACGAAAACGAAGAUGAACAUGAAUGUGAAAAUGAAGAAAAUGAUAAAGAGUAGUAAAUUAAUCCUCUUUAUGGCAAUAGAAGUUUGUAGAACCCUAUUUCUUUGUAUGAGGUUAAAAUUUUUGAUGAGUUCUUCAUGUGUUUUGGUUCUUUAGGAGUGAAAUCAAUUAUUGUGAUAUAAAAUUUUGGUUAAAAUA